CAACCAAACCCGCCGUAUCCGCAAGCCCUCUGUCGAAUUCCCCGCCGUCUACCAACGGAGCCGGCGAUUACCUCGACUCGCCCCCGCCGCUCUUCGACUCUCCCGACGGAUUCCACCACAUCUACGCCGGCGCCUCUCCCUACGGUCUCGACGAGUCGUGAUCAAGACGAUUCCAAUCUCCCUCUACAGCAGCGGCAGCUUCCGUAAAUUGCCCUCCCCUGCCGCCGCCGCCAUGAAUUACCCUAACUCGCCCAUGGAACCGACUCUGAAGCCGCGAUUCUGCGAAGUGGAAAAGCAUCUGCCGGGGACAGGUUAUACCCUGCAGACUCAGAGCAUACAACUUCCCUCCCAACCAAAUCCCGCUGCACAGCGUCACAAACCGAUCGGUAUUAUUUUUCCGUAGUCAUUUUUUUAAAUGGUAGUCAUUUCCCCGUAGUGGUAGUAUUAUUGUCGCAUUGGUAUUAUUUUUGUCGCAUUGGUAUUGAUUUCGUCGCAUUGGUAUUGAUUUUGUCACAUUGGUAUUGAUUUUGUCGCAUUGGUAGUGAUUAAAUCUACAAUGGUAUUGAUAUUUUGUGAAAUGGUAGUGUUUUUAUUUCUUGAAUGGUAUUGAUGUUUUGUACAAUGGUAGUAUUUUUUUAAUGGAUUGGUAUAGAUUUAUUGUUUUGUUGUUGCACCGGUAUUAGUUUGGAUGAACGAAAUCAAGGAAAGAUUGAGAAAAAGAAGGAAGAAAGAUAUGGCUGAAAAAUUGUGGAAGUGAGAGAAAGAGAGAGAGAAAAUUUGUAUUUAAUAUAUUUAUGUAAUUUCCUAAAAUGUAAUUUAUUAAAAAAAUUAUUAAUAAAUUUUUUGUUAUACCCAAUUUGCCCUUAGUAACCACGGUGAUUACUAUAAAAUAGUAAUCACCGUAACCUGUCCCGUUAUUGUGCUCAACUGGUUCUUUAUAUAGUAUCAGAGCCUUUUGUGACCGUGAGGUUCUCUGUUCGAUUCCUGGUGACCCCAUUUGUUUAUAAAAAAAAAAAAAAGAGUUGUAGUUUGGUGGUGUAGAUGUUGUGCUAAAUAUUUUAAAAAAAAGAAGAGUUUUAGUUUGGUGGUAUAGAUGUUGUGCUAAAUAAAGUUAACUAUUUAUUUAUAUGUAGCGAAAACGAUAAUGAAAAAAAAAACAAAAAAUAUCUCUACCUCUCUCGGCGAGGAGAAGAAAAACCUAGCCGUCGACGUUGAGCAGCAGAAGCACGCUCAUCCUCAGCAAUCUUCAAGCAAAAAUUUCAAGAUUUCUUAUCAUUAUCUAUCCAUAUUCGGGUCUAUUAUCUCCAAUUUUGGAGUCGUGGUGUCUAAUCCCAUCUUCGGGUGUUUCAAUUUUCCCACUUUCGGGUAUGCUUUGCGGCAUGAUAGAGGAGGAUUUAUCCUCUUGGUUGAAACUAUGAAGAUUAUCUGCCAUAAAUCGGUGCAUGGAGAUAAUCUUAGCUCGAAUCGCAUCAACAACGGAUUACACGGAGGGAUUAUCCACAGGGGCUUGCGAGGGAAAUCUCUAAACACGCCACUCCGUCUUCGGUUGGGUAUCGUCAACCGAUUGGAGUCUUGGAUGGCUAUAAAGGGCGAGAACGAACGGCGCAAUUCCAAUACAUUCACAACUACUAUUCUCGGUUAAGAGUGCAGUUUGCGAUAGUGGGGGAUUUCAACUCGCUUUUGGCUUCAAAUGAAAAGGAAGGAGGAAACCCAUGGCGUCCCUCUCAUACACUUAACUUUCGCAAAUUUGUGGAUGAUUUAGGCCUCUAGGACUUGGGUUUUAUUGGACCUCCCUUCACUUGGUCGAAUAGGAGCACUAAUCCACAACGGGUAAUCCAAGAGCGGCUGGAUCGAGCCUUGGUCUCAAGUGGUUGGUUGGAUCAGUUGCCAAAUUUGGCAUUACACCACCUUUCUGAUCAAGAAUUGGACCAUAGAGCCCUCUUGCUAGCCACAGAACAAGUUCAACGCCACUUUGAUGAUGGGAAGAUUGGCAGUAUUCUUCAAGAGAUUGGUACAUUAGUGGACUCUUUACAAGAUAAUUCUUUGACGUUCAUUGGUCGUAAUUGUAACAGAGAAGCUCAUUAUGUGGCACGUCGUGCUCUGUUUAUGUCGUCCCGCUUGUUGAAGGGGUUCGUCUUUGUUUCAUGCCUUCGUAGUAGACAGGGUCUAGUUUGGAUCCUUGUAUAUCGUUGAUUCUGACUUUCCCUCGAGUUAUGAGGAAUCGAAUGGAGAAAAAAAAAUAUCAGGUUAAUCAAAAUAUCAGGCAGAGCAGUUUCAUCCCGGGCAGACAAACUGCAGACAACAUCAUUGUUCUUCAAGAAGUUCUACACUCGCUCACGAAGAAGGGAAAAGAGGAGUGGUGCUGAAAAUUGACUUGGAGAAGGCAUAUGACAAACUGCUUUAACCAAUGUUGAUUCUGUUUAUUUAAUUAAUGGCCCGAAUAAUUAUAAUAAAUAUCAGGUUCCAAAUUUGUACCGAAAAGCAAUUGAUCACUAUUCGGCAUUCGCUAAUGGGUUCGACCUUUGGAACUGUGAUUCAAAUUAAUUAUCUUAACUUAAUUGUUACCGUUAUUUACGUAUCCAAAAAAGUAGAGUAUAUUGGACAAUUGCAAAAUAUACAGAGUGACACUAUUAAGUUUUAAAUGACACCGUAAUCGAUUGCUGCAUUGUUUUUUUUUUUUUUUUUUUUUUUUUGCUUAGGUAGAUAGUUAUAGAUGGAAAAUUCUUAGCUCCAACCUUGGUUGGACGCAGAAGCUCCAACCAUCCAAGGUGUCAGUUUGUUAUUGGUGGAUUCACCUUCCACCAAUAAAUCAAGAAUUAAAAUAUUAAAAAAUGAUGAAAUCACCAAUAUAAAACUGACACGUGGCUGGUUGGAGCUUCUGCGUCCAACCAAGGUUGGAGUUAAGAAUUUUCCGUAAUGGAUAGGGAAUUACAUAUUGAAAAAUAAAAAGCGUUAAUCAGCCAAGUGCUGAUUUACCGAUGCAAGAGUUAUUUUCGCCACUCAAUGGGCAGCCUUGUUAGUUCUACGAGGAGAGAAAACAAAAUGACUAAACGAAAAGAAGGUCUUCAUCAAUCGAAUUUCCUCAUGAAUCGCGCCACCACGAUCAUGUUGAACAUCAUUAUCCAAAGCUCGGCGGAUCAUCAGUUGAGAAUCACCACAAAAACAAACAGAAGAGACACCCCGAGUUAAGCACCAAUCCAUUUCAUCUCGUAACGCUAACAACUCUAUUAAAAAUGGAUCAGACAAUUCGUCAUAAUACUUACCGUAGGUGUAUUGUUAUUGAGUGACACUAUUAAAAUGACACCCUAAUCGAUUGCUACAUUGUUAUUGUAAGGGCUUUCCACGCUUAAAAUUAGAAUAUCGGGCCUAAUCCCCUUUCCCAUGAAAGUCAAAAGGGCUUUAUCUGUGGGCCUAGUAAAAAACCUAAUGUUGAGGGCUGGAACCGCCAAGUUUUGGAGAUGAAGUUGUACGUGGGAAGUGAAAAAAAAUGAGGGACUUAAUGGAUCAAAUUACCCCUGACGGAAAUUAAGUGGAGAGCUCCAUUUUUUGAAUGAUAAAAAAGCUGUAAAACUCUGUAAUCAAUUGACUACGCGCAU